UAAAAAGACCACUAAAUAAAUGAAACUAAUAAAUUUUGAAUCCGGUAAAUUAAACAGAUCGUGUCACGAUGAAUUACAAUCACGAACACAAAAUCCAUAAUGUUCCAAUUUUGAAUAACCCAUGCACGAAGACGUGCGCUUUAUAAAUGAACAUUUGGACAACCUUUGACUAAAUAAAUUAAAAAGAUCAUAGUAAAGAAUGAAGCAUAACUGGGGAAAAUGCAUGAUAGAAUAUUGUAAAGAAUCAUUAGAGAAAGAAAUAAAACAAAAAUGGGAAACAAUUAAAAUAAAGAGGAAAAGGGGGUGUUGUGCGUACUAUAGGGUUAAAAUUUGAAGAUUUGGCUGGAGUGGCGGGAUCCACUUUAUUUUUAUUCUCAUAAAUAAGUACAAAAAAUAUCCCCUUUAAUAAGAACUCCUAUAAACCUACGUAAGUAACCGUCACCUAAUAAGAGCAUUCCACGGCUUCAAUUCCGAAAGAGAUUUUGGUUUUGCUUAUCAAAAAUAAAAAUCUCCAUCUCUGUGACCAUUCAGUACUUUUGAAAGUGAGGUUUUCCUAUUAUCUUCUACUCUAAAUUGCUGCAUUUUUGCUGAAUUUUUUGUACUAUGAAUUACGGUUGUAGAAUAGAAUUACUGACACAAUUUGAGCAUUUGUUGUACUAGUAGUUGCAACUUGCAAAUAUUAGUAUUAGUAUGAAACGUCGGCGCAAAUUGUCUGAUAAACUUUGUGCAGUGGAGAUUUCUGAGGAUAUCAUAAUCAACAUAUUGCAUCAUUUGCCUUCGAAAUCUCUGGCAAAGUUUAAAUGUGUAUCCAAGCGUUGGCUAAAGUACAUUUCUGAUUCAUCUCUGAGUUAUAGUUGUCGUUCUAAACUAUGGAGGCCUCAACCUUAUCUAGUUGGUUUCUUUUAUCAGGCUCGGGAUACCUGUGAACCUUCGAAAAUUCAGUUCUUCUUCUCGUCAGAAGAAUCAUCACUAGCUAUUGAUGACUGUUUAGAUCAGUCAGUCACUUUUCUUGGCAGGACCGCGUAUAUUGUUGCAUCGUCCAAUGGUUUUCUACUUUGCAAUAAGCAGAGGGUUUAUUAUGUUUAUAAUCCUGCGACGAGGCAGAGUGUGGCUCUUCCUAAAACUCAAAGCAAGAUGAAUGAUCCAACUGUUGGAUUUAUUUGUAAGGUAGAUGACCCUGAUAAAGAUGUCAUUUCCUUUACUGUAAUUCGAUAUUGGUUUUCACUGUCCAAUGUAACAAUUGAAAGUUUCACAUCCGAGACAAAUGUGUGGACUGUCAGUAUAAUUCUUGCUGUACCUCUUAGACCGUACUUUUCUAACUAUAUGAAAUCAGCAUCAGCUGGUGUUAUCGACGGAGUAUUCUGUUGGCUUGAUCAAGGACCACAAAUCACUGUUUAUGAUAGUGUGAACAAGAGUUUCUGGGCUUUGGAGUUUCCAGGAGAGAUGGUACCGGCUAUAGCCAAUUAUUUUCUCGGAUUUUCAGGUGGGGAUUUCUAUUUUGCAUCGUAUGUUAAGACAGCUAUAACAGUGUGGCAACUCAAGAGCAAUAUUCGUAGUCGAAAUGCACUGUGGGUUAAGCAGUAUGAAACGAAUGUCGCGACUACAGUUCCUUUUGGACUUACAGGGUCUCUACAUAUUGAGGUGCAGAACAUGGACAUUCAUCCUACUAUUCCCAGCAUCUUUUAUUUGGAUGUAAGAGGUAAGGUUAUUUCUUAUGACAUGGAAACGGAUAUUCCAGAACUUGUGCAUGAUUUUGGAGAAUAUUGGUGGAGAACUAAACACUUCAAACUGUUUUCUUAUGAGUGGCAUCAAUGGCCACGUCUUCUGUAGACUGUCAAGCUGGUGUUGUCUCUUAAUUCUUCUAAUAACAUUUGUUGAGUAUCCUAUUUAUUAUGACUUAGAUAUAAAUAAGUUUUAUGGACUUCCCUCUUUUAUUUCAGCUUCAUCCUUGAUCUUCUGUGCUAUUUCAUUAUCUGGUUUUCAACUGUUUAAAUUUUAUUACUCGACAU